UGUGAUUGGAGGAGAGCGUGUGCGCGUCACGGCCGCUCAUUGGCUCGCAGACACGUCAGUCAAAGCAGUGACGACACAGCCCCCUGAGGACAUAUAUAGGUGCAUCCUGUUCCCGCGUGGUGGCGACAAAGGCUAACAGGGAUGUGGACCGUGAAGGGGGUCGGCCUCGGCGUGGUGGCCUUCUCCCUCAGCCUGGAGCUGAUUGGCUGGCUCCUGCGGCGCCUCAGAGCCGAGAGACCCCGCAACGAGGUGCUGUUCUUCCCCUCUGAGCUGGCCUGCGUGGAGCACCUGUACACCCUACCUGCAUCUGCAUCUGCAGCUCCAUCUGCAGCUCCAUCUCAUUCCUGUCUCUGCUCCUUGCCCCACGGCGUGGAGACCUCCUUCUCUCGUUUUCUCCGACAUCUCAUGUCUGCUUCGUCCUCUCUGGACUUGUGUGUCUUUGCCUUUUCCAACAUGGACCUGAGCAGGGCUGUGCUGGUGCUGCACAGCAGGGGCGUCACCGUCCGAGUCCUCUCUGACAAGGACUACAUCGCCAUCACUGGCUCCCAGAUAGGGGUCCUCCGUAAGGCCGGGAUCUGCGUGCGGAGCAACAGGAACUCCGUGCACAUGCAUCACAAGUUCGCAGUGGUGGACGGCCGGCUGCUCCUCACCGGCUCCCUCAACUGGACACUGAACGCGGUGCAGAACAACAUGGAGAACAUCCUCAUCACCGAGGAGCCGGACCUGGUGCGACCCUUCAUCAAGGAGUUCGGCAGGUUAUGGGAGCACAGCGACCCGGUCCGACGCCAAAAACCAGCUGCUCGUGUUGAUGCUGGAACUCAAGACUGAUCAGACAUGUUGGAGUUAGAAAGUGUGCAUUAAAGGUCCGGUGUGUCCCGGUUAGGAGGCUCCACCGAAGUUUAAAUUUUAUAUUCUCGCGUUUCUUGUUCCGUUGAGGUUUGGAGGACUUGUUCAUGUUGAAGUGACAAAUGUCACUGUGAGUUCCUUUAUUUAGAGAACCACUGUGUGUAAUUCUAGGUGACACUGUCUGUAAAGUCUUUGUGUCUGUUUUGUUCAGGGCGUGCUGCUGCACUCUGUUUUUCCGUUGUGUUUGCAGAGUGCCAAUAAAACUCUUUAACACACUGCA